GAUCCAAUGAUAACUGGACAAGUCAGUAAGCUCUUGUUGUCAGUGCAGAGUGAAAUGAAUGCAGAGUUGAGAGGUGAGGACAAGGCAGCUGCUUCAGACGACGAGCUGGAUAAGUCCCUGCUUGAGCCUGUGGAAUCAAAUGACAACGAGGACACUCCCAGCAAGCUCUUCGGAGCCAGAGGAAAUACAACGCUGUGCGAUACAAAUAUUUCUGACCAGCACCAAUCUAGUAAAUCCCAUACAACAUUCCCUGUUGGAUCCCAGCCAUUGUUGACAGCUCAACAGUUAGCCUCAGCUGUAGCUGGAGUGAUGCCAGGAGCCCCUCCAGCACUGAAUCAACCUAUUCUGAUUCCUUUCAACAUGGCUGGACAAUUGGGUGGUCAGCAAGGUCUUGUCCUGACUUUACCUACUGCUAACCUCACCAACAUCCAAGGGCUUGUAGCAGCAGCUGCAGCAGGAGGCAUCAUGACAUUGCCACUGCAAAAUCUACAAGGAAAAUUUAAUAUUUCAUUGUGUGGAUUCAAGAAAUGUGUCAUGCAAAAACUAAGCCAGAAAUAA